AUGCAGAUGACUAAGAAAGUAAGUGAGCUCAAGUCAAGUGCUCUCAAACAAGUUUAACAAACAAAACAGGGUUAUAUAACUGGGCUGGUAUGUGAUGACUUGGGGAACUGUAAUUAAGAACCAAGUAUGUGGAGAAAUCUAAUUAUCAUUUUCCAUCCUCUUCUUUGUCAUCUUAGACAGCUGGUCUAGCAAUACCAUUUGAACUCUUAAAUGGGAACAUUAUUGUAUUGCAUCCCCAGUAAUUUAUCUAUUAAGAAUGACACUAAAGAAAGCAGAAUGAGGAAAAAAUAGCUAAGCAAUGAAAAACCAUUAAUCUGAACCUCAAUAUUUGUGCUACUUUGUAAUAUGUUUUGAAGAUAUUAAAAAUUCCCCUGCCUCUACCUAGGCCAAAAGUCAGAAGAGAUUUAGUCUCAUAUAAAUCUUCUGACAUACUUGCCUGUCUUAGGUAAGCUUGGGUUUUUUGGUAGGGUUUGUUUUUUUGGGGUUUUUUUUGUUUUUUUUUGGUUUUUGGUUUUUUUUUUGUUUGUUUGGUUGGUUUUUUUUUUGGAAAGAAAUUAUGCUUCCCCUGCCCACCCCGGGACACUGGCCACCUUUUGGGAGCUUGUGUGAGGGACCUCUGUGAAUCCUUUGCUAAAAUAAGGACUUGUUACAGGAAAUGAGCAUUUGUACAGCAAAGGAAGAGACCAGAAAACCUAAUUAUUUCAGCCUUUAGGAAUCUAUUUUACCAAUGUAACUUAUGCCUACUGCAUAGACUUGUUGCGCUUAGGCUGCAUCUUUACUAUCAAUUAAUACAGAGGCCUCGGACCAUCUCCCUAACUGCUGGAGUUGGACAAAAGCGCUUGUGCCAGGCAUCCUGUCUCUUCUGACAGCAGCUGCUGGUCCUUCUAUCGUGUUAAGAAACACGUACGCCUUUUAUUUAGGAGUGAGGAAAGGCAGGUUCUUGGGCACGGUGCUCCUUUGCCAGCUGAGUCAAGUCCUGUCCUGGCGCUCCUGGCCGUGGCAGCGUGGGAAUACUACAGUUUACCUGCUGUGGAAAGAAGGGGAAGGGCUGUGGGAGACGAGCGCUACAGGCAGGAGCACUUGAGGGCCGAGUGGCCUGCUCGGCCCCACGCUGUCGACGGAACCGAGGCCGAAGCAAGCCCGGGAGACGGCGUCCCCGCUUCCCUGCCUGUGUCCGGCCCGAGGCGGCGGCAGAAAGGCCGGGGGGGAGGCGGGCAGGGGCUGCCGGGGGGCGGGCAGCGCGGGGCGGCGGCCGCCCGGUUUUAUAGGGAGCGAGGGAGGCGGCGUCUGCGGGAGGGGAGCGGAGGAGGCGGUUCUCUUCCCGUUCCCAUCCCCAAUCCCGCCGUGCGAGUGCGGGGCUGGCGGAGGCGGCGGCGGGGUGGCCAUGGCCUCCAUGGCGGCGGCGAUCGCCGCCUCCCGCACGGCGGUGAUGAACGGGAACCGGCCCCUGGACGAGCGGGAGCGCAAGCGGUUCAGCUACUUCUCCUCGCUGAGCCCCAUGGCGCGCAAGAUCAUGGCGGAGAAGGAGCGGAUCCGCGAGCGCUACGGGCCCGAGUGGGAGCGGCUGCCGCCCCGCCAGCAGGACGAGAUCAUCGACAAGUGCCUGGUGGAGCCGCACGUCCAGGCCCGCUACGCCGCUCACCGCGGCACCACCCGCCCGCCCGCGCCGCCCGCCUCCUACCCCAGCCUGCGCCUCAACACCGGGCAGAAGGUGGUGCGCUUCGGAGACGAGGACAUAACUUGGCAAGAUGAACACUCAGCUCCAUUCUCCUGGGAAACGAAGAGUCAGAUGGAGUUCAGCGUUGCAUCUCUGUCCAUACAAGAGCAAGGUGGUGCCCAGCUGCAGAACGAGCAGAGGCAGCCUGUUAAAGCAACACCUGGUGUCCAAGUCCCUAAAUCUUCUCAGGCCAAUAAGACCCCUGGCUCUGAGGGGUUGAUAGCAUCCAGAAAGGAAGAGGAGUCAUCUUUCUGGAAGAUAAACGCAGAGCGCUCCAAGUUUGAAGGAGACAAGUCUGAGUUCCAGUCCCUGACUCCCAGCCAGAUCAAGUCUAUGGAGAAAGGAGAGAAGCCCCUUCCCUCUUUUUACAGACCAGAGUCUGCUCCAAAGGAGGUGACCAAAGCUGAGAAGCCCAGCAUAAUUAAGCCAGAGAAGUCUGUUGCCCCCAGCCUACCCUCUGUGUCUCUUGAGUGGGAGAAGCCUCGACCUACUCAACUCCCUACUAGUUCUCUAGAUGACUUCUUUCUUCCUGAUCCACCACAGGAUCUGGCAUCUUCUAGGACAAACAAGGAAGAUACUGAUGGUACUAUACUUACAGACUCACCAAUGCCUGGACAGACUAGUACAAGCAAUGUUAUCUUGAAGACUGGCUUUGAUUUUCUAGACAACUGGUAAAAGAUACUACAAAACAGAUCAAACCAAUCUUGGGGAACCAGUGGAAUUCCUUUCUCCUUGUAUGUUAAUUUACUAGCAUUUGUGUCUUUUUCUAGAAGUAACUUUCAAACUCUUAAAUGUUGCCUUUGUAUAAACUUUUGUAAUACCAUAUGCAUUUUUGUUUUUUUAAACAGUGAUAGCAGUGUGGUUUCAUUUGGAUAUUUUUUUAAUAUCUGUUAAAAUUUUUAGUAGCUACUGUAUUGAGAGGAUGGGAGAAGUUACUGUACACAUGUUAAAGAAAUGCAGAUGAGAGUCUCUGUAUCCUAGAAAUUGAACCUACAGGACCAGAAUGCUUUCUUCAGUGGAAACCUUGCUAGCAUUGCUUGUAAGAAAUAGUGUUGCACAUGUAGUGGUUCCAAGUAAGAAAACCAUUCCAUACUUCAGAUAGCUAGCAAAAAAACAGUAUGAAAAGCAAGCAUCCAGAAUUGCAUUGAUUUGUAUAUCUAGUUUCGUUUGAAAGUAUCUUUUGUACCACUUACUGAAGACACUUUUCUUCUGAAGAAGGCAAAGGCAUUGCCAAAAUGUUGGAUCCAAAAAAGCACUGUGUUUGUACCCUACAAAUCUGCUAAAAUAACUCUAAGAGUGUUAGAACCAUGACCUGGGGAAAUGGUGUUUCUGGUCUUUGAAUUGAAGACUUGGGGGUGGGUAGAAGGGAAUGGGACCACACCUAAUGAAUUGGAGAAAUUCUUCAGGAAACACAGUUUCACUGCCUCCUUACUAGAGCAGUAACUCUUCGUAAUACUGGUGCUGGAACUACAGCGCUGAGAAUUUCUGGAGUGUAGAUUACCUUUGUGUCAGUAAACCACUAUGUUUAUGGAAGGUCACAGCAGUGUGAGGCUUUUUUGUUUUUUAAGCAGCUUAUCGUCUCAAGGACUCAUCAACUUUGGUGCUUCUUCCUCCUUGUGGGUUCAUCCUCUUUAGUGUUCAACAUCUGGGUUACAUUUAUUCCUAAGGUGCAGAGAGGCAUCUCAAGGUGGCCCUUGGCAGUGUUGCCUCCAGUUCUGCUUUUGAAUGAUCUUUGGUGUUUAAAAUGUAGAGAACAAGAGUAGCUGUUGUUUGGAUCUGUUGUCUCUGAAAAUGCAGCAUGAUUUACACACUGACUCUCACUGUGUUUACCUCACCUUGAAGCCUUAAUUCCCCUACGCACAGCCAGUGACUGGUCUGCUCCAAUGCCAAAGGUUUGACUUUUCCCUUUACCUCAGCAAUAGUCCCAUAGCAUUUGUUUGGGGUAGAAGGCAAAACACAGGGCUCUAAUGGGUCCCAGCCAAGGCUGUAAGAAGGUCACCAUCUCCUAAGCCAUAGUUGUGCUAGGCUUCUCAUGGAUUAGCACUUGACAUUUGGUUCAGUGCCAGGGGCAGUUCAAUGUGCAGAAUUGGAUGCGGCAGGAUUUUUUCUGCUUGUUACAGGAAAAGUUUGCAAUGUCCUGGAAGAAUCCUUGCCUCUAAUUGGUGUGCUGCUUGCUCUGAACAAGCAGAGUAUGCUGAUAGAGCAUUAAAAUUCACUUGUUGGACAAGGAAAAUGCUGUAAGCAUAUCCCCCCAUUUUCUUUCUCUGACACCCCACCAAAAAAACCCCAAACACCAAGGCCAAAACCUCCACUUUUUCUUGUGUUUUCUUAAGAGGUCCCUAAGCUAAAUGGUAGGAUUGCCACAGAGUAGAAGUCAUUGCAUAGCAUACUCUUAUUUAUAGGCUUGAGAAAGCUUCUUUACAUUCUUCCUGAGAUGUGCAAACUCCUGUAGUUCGUGGUUAUCAUUGCUUCAUUCAGUAGUUCAGAAAACAUUUGUUACCAUCCUGGACUUUACCACUGUUUUCUUCUUUGGUAGCAUUUGCUACAAGCAUCCAGAAUUUAAUACAGCUAGAACAACUUAAACACAAAUUCUUUAGGUGUAUGAUUAAUGUAGACUUGCACCUUCCUUUUAAAGCUAACAAAUGUUAAUCUUGGGGCUUACAGUUACCAGUGAAUCUGAUUUUCUGUACAUUCAGCUGCUGAACAGUAGUAAAUCCAAAAUGAAGAUGCACAUUCUAAUCUUAUUCAGAUUUGGGGAGAUCUGAAAACAAAGUCUGCUACUGUCAAGGAGCGUUACUUUAAAUCUCUGGUAAUACCUUAAAAGCUUCUUAGGGAAGAACCUGGGCUGCCUGUCUCUUCCAUCGGUUAACUCGACCCUAAUACACAUUGGGACCAGCUGGUAGAACAUGCUGCAGAACUUUUUACUUAUCCUGGUAGGUUUUUCCUGUGCUUUGACAAGAGUUGAUGCUCCUUCUUUCUUGAAUAUGUUUUUACUAAACAUUCUUACAAAAAUGAAAUUGUAUUUGGUCACAUUUUAUAUUAACAAUGUUUUAAUAAAGUCACU